AGCCCACUUUGCGGCGAAUCCUAGCAGCCAAUCGUCCUGCACGAGGGCGGGGUUUGAGCGGAAUACGGGUAGGGAGCGCAGUCUGGUGACGUUUUUUCACGUCUCGCGCUGUCGAGAGAAACCCAGACAGACCGUGAGAGAGGAGACGGAAGUGCAGCGCCGUCCUCAUGCCAGCACUGAGGCUGUGAGACGAGCCAACAGGAAGACCGCGGAGGUGUGAGACAGGUGUGUGGGCAGACAGGUGACAGCGCGCGAGACGGCAUGGCGAGUGUGACGGUGCCGGUCAGAGACGUGAGCGCUCUGCAGUGCGGGGUGAAGCGCGUGUGCAGGGACAGACCGGAGGAUGUGCCCAUAAAGAAGCGCCUGAUGGCGGAGAUGAAGCUGACGCGCAGGGUGAAACGGGAAGAUCCGGACUGCGAUAAAGCCUUGGACCUGAGUCCGGGUCUGAAACACACGCUGGCUCAGUUCACGCUCAGCAGCCGGAGCUCGCUCGGGGGGCCGGCCGCUUUCUCCGCCCGAGCGGACACCAGCUCGCAGCAGGCCCUGGCCCCGCCCCUUCCUUCACCCUCCAUCCUGGGGGCGGGGCCUCUGUUGGUGCCGAGCGACAGGUCGACGGAGUUGACGCACGCGAUGCUGGAGGGUGAGUCCAUCUCCAGCUUCGUGGUGGGCGGAGAGAAGCGUCUGUGUCUGCCCCAGGUUUUGAACUCGGUCCUGCGAGACUUCACGCUGCAGCAGAUUAACGCCGUGUGCGACGAGCUGUACGUUUACUGCGCCCGCUGUGACGCCGACCAGCUGCACGUCCUCAAAGUGCUGGGCAUCCUGCCCUUCAAUGCCCCGUCCUGUGGCCUCAUCACGCUGACCGACGCUCAGAGGCUGUGCAACGCGCUGCUCCGUCCCGGCUCCGCCCACAACCACACCCAGCACGGGGUGAAGGGUUCAUCUGUUAACGGACAGUUCGGCUUCCAGGUGGAGCACCAGUGCCUGGGGAAGUGCCGCGGUGUGUUCGUACCGCAGUUCUAUGUCCGCCCGGACGCACCGUGUGUGCAGUGUGUGGAGUGUCAACUGCUUUUCUCGCCCCAAAACUUUGUCAUGCACUCGCACCGCACACCAGACAAGCGCACCUGCCACUGGGGCUUCGACUCCGCCCGCUGGCCGCGCUACCUGCACCUCAGCCGUCGCUACGAGGGCACUGCAGACGAGACCAAACUCGGGACGGUGCUUGACCAGAUGAAGGAGAAGUUUUGCCUGACCACAGACACACCCAUGGACCAGGUUGUAGAUGAGGACACCUGUGUGAGGAAGACCAAUCCUUCCAUUGACCAGGUGUGUGACAUAAAGGGAAAGGGAUCUCUGGCCUUCCCUCAUCUGUGCCCUGACAUCAAACAGGAAGUCGGACCUCCUUCAGUCGUCCAUCCCAGCUACUACCUGUACCCAUACGAUAAGAUGGUGGCACCCAACGUUUCUCUACAAAAGAGCAGUGAGAGUGAUGGAGCAGACACACUAGGAACCCUGCUGAAACAAUGCUACAGCAAGAGAACACACGAUGUCCAUGUGACCACUCCUUCCAUCGCGGAGGAAGCGAAAUAUUGCUGUGGCGAUGAGAGGCGUCCGCCCCCUUCGGCUGUCUCCAUGGAAACAGACGGGAAGGAAGAGGACGAUAAGAAGCAGCUGGUGUUUGAGAUGGUUCACAUGUACAACAAACAGCAGGAGAAGCUGAACGCUACACUGCACACACAGAGGGAGCUAGAAACGGAGCUGCAGACGGUGUGUGACGGUGAUGCGGAGAGGUGGAGGCGCUUCCAUGUGGAGCACAGCGAGCUGCAGAGCGAGUUGGAGGCAGUGCACACUGAGCAUGCUCAGAAAUUAGGGCGGGUUCAGCAGGAGCAGAGAGAGCUGGAGCAAAGACUCGAAAAGCUCCGACACACAUACACACACUGUAGCUGCCAGAGCCAGGAGGAGCAGUACACCACCCAGCUGUGUGAUCUGAGAGUGAGACUGGAGCGGGCCGAGGCAGAGAGACAGGAACUACAGGACGAGCUGAGGAGAGAGAGAGACGCCCGGGAGAAACUGGAGCUGCUCAUCGGUCAGCUACAACAGCAGAUCAUCAACUCGGCCAGUCACUGCCCUCAGGCCACUGACUCGGACACAUGCAGCCCUAAAACCCUCACACCAGCCAGUCACAGUCCUCAGAGCCAACACACACACUCACCUGCAACCACACACAACGGCGCCGAGUUGUCUUGAACACACACACACUUGAGGACUUUUUUUUAAAUAAUUCAACAUUAUAUUAGUAUUAUUAUUAUUAGUAGUAGUAGUAGAAGUAGUAUGAUGUCAUUGUUGAGGUGUGUCUCCCCCUGCUGGACACAACAAUCCCCCCCCCCCCCCACACACACACACACAAUGUGACCUGUGAGUAAAAACAUCUAAACACACACACACAACUCAUGGUGAGAUAAAGCUUUACAUUUUAUCCGCCCUGUAACCCUAAUUUAAUUUAAUUAAUAUGCCUUUAAUGAUUAGUUACUGUAAUGAACACCUUUCAUUUUAUUUAUUUAUUGGUUUUUUUGAUUUGUGUUUUGAUAUUUAUUCCAUCCAAGAUCUAUUCGAAAUAGCCCACGAAUCACAUCUUAUGUCCUAAUUAAUAUGCUAAUGACUAUUCAUAUUCAUAACUGAGGCUCAUGAAUAUUUAUAUUGACAUUUUUUUACAGAGUAAACAAUGACAUGCCAAACAAAAGACUCAAAUCACACUAUACUACUAGAAAGUGUAAAAAAAAAGAAGAAGAAGCUGUAGACGUGUUACACUAACGUUACGAUUAUUCCCCACCAAUCAGAAGGGACGGGUCAGACACGUGGGUUUUAACAGUUCAUUAGCAUACGGACACAUAUAUAGCUGUCUGCUGGUGGUAGCAUGCUAAUGCUGAAGCGCUAGUUAUGAACACUAGUUAACGUUCUACAUAGCAGGAGUGAAGGAGGAUGGUAUGAUGGGAAGGAUGAGUUCUCGAUACAUCACUGCAUCUUAAUAAUAAUUAUUAUAAUUAUUAUUAUUAUUAUAAAGGUUUAUUAGGUGAUAAUAAUGUUAUUAAUACUAGUUAUUUAUUAUUAUUUCUAAUAAUCUCCAUCAUUAUGCGAUAUAAACUAUAGUUAUGGUCGUAGUGUUAUUUCACGUGUGUGUGUGUGUGUGUGUGUGUGUGUGUGUGCACUUCUGUCU